AGAGAGAGCAGGUGACAGAGUUGAAGAGCAGCGCCAGUUUCUGUUCACAUCAUUUCAGCGCUUGUAGCAGGUCAGAGCGUCGCCUCCGGUCUGGACAUAAACUUUUUUAAAGGGUUACAAAAACUCUUCUGUUGCUUCUCCGAUUUUGUUUGUUCCAGCUGCCUGACUUUUGGGAAAGCGAUUGCAUAUUUCUAAAGACACGAUGAUCAUGGAGAGUUUGACGCUUCGGUUGGAAUGGAGAGUCCAGUAGAAGCCGCGUGUCACCGUGUGGAUAUUAAUACUUAGAGCACAACACAACACAACACAACACAAAUCAGCGCCUGCUUUUGGGAUUAAUCUGCGUGUCGCUUGUGUUCAGUAGGCUCUGAAACAUGCAGGAUCUCCUGUGAAAUUCGUACAUGGGAACUUCUGAGGACGAGAAGACGCGUUCCACCGCGGCAUUAAUGCUUUCUAGUGAAUGUAUGUGUCGGUAAUAAGUGUUUCCGCAACGUCCUACACACGCCUCCGUAAAAAAGGCACUAAUUAUUCGGAUUGCUUUAGCUGACUGUAGUCUGAACUGCACCCUGUCCCUAUUCCCAAACACUACAUGCCCAUCUACCAGCAGCACCUCUCCUGCUCUUUUACCACGCUGGAUUCAGACUGUUUUGGGUUCAAAUAGAACUUGAGGAAGUCGGAUAAAUAUAAGUCGGAUUUGCUUCGGAUUUUUGAUUCCAAUUCCAUCAAUUCCAAGAGGCUCAACCAGCACAAACCACUUCAUUAGCUGUUCUUUCAGGAUGCUGUUCAUGAACAGGCCAUCUUCCUCAGGCUGGGUCAGAGCCAUGGACACGCGACAUGGAGUGGUUGCCAUCACUUUCCUGGCUUUCUUUAUGCAAGUAGUGGUGGAGGCUACCUCGUGGUGGUCUCUGGCUAUGAAUCCACUGCUGAUUCCCGAGGCUUAUAUCAUAGGCGCACAGCCGCUGUGCAGUCAGUUGGUAGGCUUGUCCAAAGGCCAGAAAAAGCUGUGCCAGCUGUACCAGGAUCACAUGCAGUACAUCGGCGAGGGCGCUAAGACCGGGAUCCGUGAGUGCCAGUACCAGUUCCGCCAUCGCCGCUGGAACUGCAGCACAGUGGAUAACUCCUCAGUGUUUGGCCGUGUCAUGCAGAUCGGAAGCCGCGAGGCAGCGUUUACAUACGCAAUCAGCGCAGCGGGCGUUGUGAAUGCAGUGAGUCGAGCAUGCAGGGAGGGUGAGCUGUCAAGCUGUGGCUGCAGCAGGGCGGCUCGGCCCAAAGACCUUCCACGAGACUGGCUUUGGGGAGGCUGUGGAGACAACCUCAACUAUGGCUACCGCUUCAGCAAGGAGUUUGUGGAUGCCCGUGAACGAGAAAAAACCUAUGAGAAAGCCUCCAUGGAAAGCGCACGACUCAUGAUGAACCUCCAUAACAACGAAGCAGGGCGGAGGAUGGUAUCUGACCUGGCUCACGUUUCGUGCAAGUGUCAUGGCGUUUCAGGUUCAUGUAGCCUAAAGACCUGUUGGCUGCAGCUGGCUGACUUCCGCAAAGUGGGAGAUGCGCUAAAAGAGAAGUACGACAGCGCAGUGGCUAUGAAGAUUAACACACGUGGCAAGCUGGUGCAGGUGCACUCCAAAUUCAACUCUCCCACCAACCACGACCUGGUGUAUGUGGAGCCGAGCCCAGACUACUGCGUGCAGAACCACAGCACGGGCUCGCUGGGCACGCAAGGGCGUCUCUGCAAUAAGACCUCGGAGGGCAUGGACGGUUGCGCGCUCAUGUGCUGCGGCCGUGGCUACGACCAGUUCAAGGCCACGCUAGUUGAACGCUGCCAUUGCAAGUUUCACUGGUGCUGCUAUGUCAAGUGCAAGCGCUGCACAAGGGUCGUCGAUCAGUUUGUGUGCAAGUAGCACGCUCCCAAUUGUAUUUUAUUUUUAGGUUUUUCAGAAAGAGUUGUGUGCAAGUAGGAUUCCUUUUCCGAAAGAAGACCAGAGAACCUUUGGGAAAGUUGGGCAAUGGAAAGUUAACUAAAAAAAACAACUAUAUAAAUUAUAUUUAUAGAGUCAAAACAAUUAUACUGUUUCAGAAAAGACUGACAUCUUUGUGUGUAUUUUUUUUUUUUUUUU